AGGGGCAUCGUCCGCUCUCCAGCCCCGGCCUAUCAGCAUCCAAGUCCUUGGCACACGACGCCGGCGUACCACAGCCACUAUCGCCAUCAUAUCAACCCACCUACACGCCACUCGUACAAAACACAUUCCCCACACGCUUCGCGACACCGCCAUUUGCACCAACUCUCAAGCUUGCUCGCGCCGAAAACUCAUCGCCAGUUUCCUUCCUACACGACAUAGUGGCUGUCAUACAAAGCCAUCGUCAUCAACCAGCUCGAACCCGUGAUAUUAUACCCAACAUCGCUCCGUCUUCUGAGACCAGAACCCCUCCCAAAACGUCGCCUCCGGUUUCCAAAAGCCUGCCCGAAGGCAGCAUCCCCCGACGCGCACAUAUCUCGAACUUCCCUGGCAUUACCUGAACGCCUUACCACCAGCAUGUGUGUCGCCGAGCUGAACGUAUCCUUGCUGCCCUGCCGGCACCGCUGGUACCAUCUAGUCAAGCCAUGCACCCCUUCCACCAACCUGGCUAACUGCGGAGGCAAGCUGGGCCUCUCAGGAUGGGAGAUCAAGUGCGACUUUUGCCCCUACUGCUCAGGCUGGAAUCUCUCAACAUCCGAAUACCGACUCGUCGGCAACGAUCGCUCUCCGGCCGUGGGGGGACUCGCGCGCACGCCCUCCCUCACCCUGACGACCACGCGCCGCGAGCAGCGUCGAGGCAGCCUCUCCCGAAGCGACAGCAACACCAGCAUCACCAUGAUGGCACAAGAGAAGAACCGCGCAAUGAACGCAAGGGUGGACGCAUACUUCAGAGUUCCGACAAAGGAAGCCCCUCUUCCAGCGCCGUUCCCAGCGCCUCUCCCUGAGGCGGACGACGAAGACGCCGCGAACUUGGCCACAAGCCCCAGCGACACCUCCAGCGUCGGCCAAGACAGUCUAAGACAAUCGUCUACGUCGUCCCAGACGGACAAGCCCGGCAUGUUCAAGAAGAUGCGCCGAAAGUCCAAGAGGCUCUCGCUGAGCAUCUUCAAGUGACUCCCUCGAAGUUGCCGCGCAAGCUCUCGCUCCUCACAGCCACCUGGCCUCCACUACCGGUCCAAAUAAUGUUCACGCGGGGACGUGGACGGCUCAACACGCCGGUCUAGACCAGACCAUUUUUGGCGCCUCACGGUGGGAACGCGUCCGCGACCCACAUGACAUGAUUACACCAAUCGGGCCGACACCAGCCGCCAGCCGUCAUCGAUUCAUCCCAUCUUGCCUCAACCCAACGUCAACAUUAACUCCAGUCCGACGAUCUCCACUCUUCGCUUCUCACCUGUUUUUAACACACAUAC